UUUGAAUACGAAGUACCGUGAUAUCAGCUGUUGAAACAAAAAACUGUUGGUGGGAAUUAUAAUUUGAUGCAUUAUGAAGAGACGUUCGAACUUUUAAGCCAGGACUAAUGUCACUGCAUACAAUUAGUGUGCAUAUUUAAUGGGAAAUUCAAGCAGAAAGCAUGCAUCUGGAACAACUACCAAACAUUUAAGAAAUGUCGGAAUACGGCAGCCAUACACCAGUCAGAUUAGUUUGUCAAAUUUUACCAGUGAUCUGAGUGGAAGAUCAUUUGCAAGUGCUGUUAGUUACCAGUCAACAUGCAGUGUUUCAAGGCCAUGGUCCAGGGUGUCAAGACGGAGGUGGCGUCAAACAACUCUCAGUGACCCUCUGGAGGCUGCUAAAACAGCCUGGCCAGUGUCUUAUGUUGAAGCCGUCUUUUUGCCUGAAUUUAAAAUUAAAGGUGACAUAACAGAAAGAGAUUUUCAGGUGAUUAGUACAAUAUCAAGAGGGGCCUUUGGAAAAGUGUACAAAGUUGUAAAGAAGGACACAAAUGAGAUAUAUGCAUUAAAAAUUCUAUCCAAGUCUCAGAUAAUUUCAGAGAAUGCAGUGCAACAGGUGAAGGAUGAAGUGGGAAUUCAGUCCAUGUGUGGACACAACCCAUUCAUAGUAAACUGUCCGUUCUUCUGGCAGAACAGGAAACAGUUGUUCAUAGUGAGUGAGUUUGUAUCUGGUGGAGAAUUACUUGAACUUUGCCAGAGUUAUGGAAUUUUGCCUGAGGAACUGGUGCGGAUCUAUGUUGCCGAGAUUUCCCUUGCUUUAGACUUUUUACACAAUGCUGGUGUUAUCUAUCGGGACAUCAAACUGGAGAACAUUCUCCUUGAUGAUGAAGGUCAUGCUCAGUUGAUAGAUUUUGGAUUAGCGAAGUGGAUAAAAUAUGGAUCUCGAACCACGACAAUAUGUGGUACCAGACAGUACAUGGCACCAGAGGUGGUGAGCAUGGAGCCAUAUGGACAUGCAGUGGAUUGGUGGUCUCUCGGGGUGGUGGCCUGCUGUAUGCUCUCCGGGCAGAUAUUGUCGGCUGUGGACUCUGCUGACCCAAAUGGAGGUGUCGGAAGGUACGUGAUCGCUCGUAUUCAACACAUGCCUUGCCGCGAUAUGCCAGAUCCUCCCCAUGACACUAAAUUGGUUCCUCUAAUCCACGGCCAGUAUUAUGCCGGUUGGAAACAUUUCCCCAAUUUACACCAUAUAUUUCCCACUUAUCAGUACGAAAGUAACUCAGAUUUGUUUAUCGGACACCGUUCUCUCGGAAAAAAAAUAUGAUCUGACUCACAUUAUAGGAAUACUUUGCAUACCCCUGCUCUCAUCCGUCACGUGCCUAUCAGAAUGUGUUGAUCUUCCUCUUAAUUAAUUUAUUAAACGUAAUGAAUGCGUUAAUCUCAGAAACCUUACGCUUCGCCUAGAUUCAUGCCGAGGAUGUUAAUAAACCAUGACAAUUAAUGGAACAACUGGAUCAUUGUAUAUGCUCUAGAAGUGUCUGGGACUGAAACACAUAUAAGUGUUUCCAAGUUUAAGCACUUUUCUUGCCAAAAAAGUAAUAAAUUCGGGAGAUAAGCACCUCGAUUGAUCGAUAACACCGGUCGACCUAUUAACACGAAUAACGAUUAGAGAAACGGAAUGUGGACAGUUUGUUUGUUUUGGAGUUUAUGAUUCGUUUAACAGCGCUGACAAAAGCUCGAACUGUAUGACGUCGAAUGAUAAGGUUAAUGAAUUGGAAAGGAUGUGGCCUGACGAACAGAUGUUCAUGAUUUCUCUCCAGAAGGAUGAAGUAACAAACAUUUGAGGUGCAGUGUACGAAGAUGAGUCUUGUUGCCCUCAGUCUGUUGUCAUGGUAACGACAUAGCAUGUCGUGCCGGGAGGGACAGAGACGGAACUGUACCCGGUUACCCCUCUCUUUGUCACAGAGCGGCUGCUUCAGAACCGAUGAAAACUCUGGGGCUGAAGGAAGUUCUGCUCGUGAAGAUCACUAGGGAAGUUAAUUUCUUCAGCCAACUCUUCCUUCACACCCGACGUUAGUGCG